AUGUCAGAUAGCCAAGUUCCAUUGCCGCCUUCUCGUUCAGCACAUGGAGGCCACAAUCCCUACAACCAAGGCGGCGGCGGCUACCCGUACGAGUACUACGGCGCUCCUGGGGUUCACGGAUCACAGCCGUCGAGCGUGCACAGCUUCGCCCCUCCAGAUCCCUACGUGGAUGACCCGUACCAAGGAUACUCGAGCUCCACGCGAAGUGUCGACCGAAGGCUAGGAGAGGUCAACCCAGACGAGAUCGCGGACGACCCCGAUGACGCCCUUCACCACCCCAUGCCGAGCAAGCGUAAUUCAAUGUUGAGCUCAGCACAAAAUUCAGAUCGUGGGCAACGGGGGGCUGCAGGUGUAGCGGGAGCUGCAGCAGGUGGCGGCGUGAUUGGUGGUUUGCUCUCCUCGAACGCUAACGCUACCGGUGGCGGCGGCAGUGGCUAUGAUCUUGCCGAGGCUGCUCAAGAAAAGCCGGGCCGCUUCAGGGGGAGCGACGGCCAUUUUACCAAGAAAUGCAGAUUAACAAUUAUUGCUAUCGUUGCCGUCUUCAUUGCGGGCGCUAUUGUUGCCGCAGUUCUCGGCAGUAUGGCGGCAAAUGGCAGGCUUGGUGGUGGUGGUAAUAAGAGCGGCAGCAGCAGCGGUAGCGGGGAUUCGGCUGACCAGGACACAAACAAGAAUGGCGAUCUCGACAUCAACAGCGCUGAAAUCAAGAAGCUGAUGAGUAACACCAAGCUACACAAAGUCUUCCCUGGGAUGGACUACACCCCCAUCAACUCACAGUACCCCGACUGUAUCCACAACCCGCCUUCACAGAACAACAUCACGAGAGACGUUGCUGUGCUCAGCCAGCUUACAAACAAAAUUCGUCUUUACGGUACCGACUGCAACCAGACCCAAAUGGUUCUCCAUGCCAUUGAUCGGCUCAACCUCAAGAACGAUGUCAAGGUUUGGCUGGGAGUUUGGCAAGACGGCAAUAAGACGACCAACGCGCGACAGCUUUCACAGAUGUGGGACAUUUUGGACGAGUAUGGUGGCGACCAGUUCGAGGGGUUGAUUGUGGCCAACGAAAUUCUCUUCCGCGAGGAAAUGGCAAUAACAGAGCUUGGAACCUUGCUGUCGGGAGUGCGAACGAACCUGACCAGCCGCAAAAUCAACUUGCCCGUGGCGACAUCGGAUCUCGGUGAUGACUGGACACAGGCCCUGGCUGAUGAGAGUGAUUACAUCAUGGCCAAUAUUCAUCCAUUCUUCUCCGGUACCGCAGCGGAAGACGCUGCAACUUGGACCAUGAACUUUUGGAAGACCAAAGACGGGCCCUUGUGGAAGUCAGAUAGCAAGAAGAACAUCAUCUCGGAAACAGGCUGGCCCUCUGGUGGUGGAACCAACUGUGGCGAGGCUACGAGCUGCACCAAGGGAUCUGUCGCCGGUGUAUCUCAGAUGAACCAGUUCAUGAAGGACUGGAUCUGCCCGGCUCUCAACAACGGCACCCAAUAUUUCUGGUUCUCGGCAUUUGAUGAGCCUUGGAAAAUCCGCUUCAACGAGAAGGGCAAGGAGUGGGAAGACAAGUGGGGGCUGAUGGACGUCAACCGCAAUCUCAAGGACGGAAUUGAGAUUCCCGACUGUGGCGGCAAGACUGUAUAA